CACCUCAGCCUCCCAGAAUGGUGAUUUUCUUGUUUGUUCUUUUCCUCAGUGCUCUACAGUGAACAAAUACAACUGUAAUUUAAAAAAUGAUAAUAGCAAUACUUGCCACUUACAACAUUUCCAGCAAAUACAGAGUAUUUUUUUGUUGCAACAGAAAAAAGUAGAACUUUAAAAGUCAGGGAACUAUACAAAAACAGUUUAUAAUCACACACAUAUUUAUACAGGUUAAUGACACCUAAUGACGUUUUGGUCAUCGGUGGCUGCCUAUGCAGUAUUAGUUCCACAAGACUAUAACACCAUAUUUUUACUUGUCUUCUGUAUAUUCAGCUAUGUUCAGACACACAGACGCUGGCCUUGUGUUGCAGCUGCCUACGGCGCGCAGCACAGCGGCACGCAGCACAGGUGUGCAGCCCAGCGGCCGCGGGCUGCCCCACACAGCCUGCAAGUGUAGCAGGCCGUGCCAUCUAGGUCCGUGUGCACACUGAUAUUUGCACAAUGACAGAAUUACCAAUACCUAACGAAGCAUUUCUCAGAACGUGCCCCCGUCUUUCAGCAAAGCGCAGCUGCACAUAGCGAGGGCCGCAGCCGGAACGAGCCGCGUGCUGCCCCAGAGCCCCGAGCGCCUCUGCCCUCCUGGGCCCCUCACUCCCUGCAGGCGCAGGCUGCGCGCACCUCUGACUGGUGGGGCCACGGGGGACCCCGCACAGGCAAAGGCACGGACAUCAUCUCAGGGGGCUGCUACGGCUGGCACUGAGGACAGAGACACGGGUCUCCCUGGGCUUGGGGAGCCUCUCUGGACGCUGAAAUUCCAGCCCGAGGCUCGUCCCCUGCAUCUGGGAGGGGCUGUGUGUGGGCCGAAGCCGCAAAAGGAGGAGGGAGGCUGGACGCUGCCCUAGCUUCUCGCUUAGCCUUGAGCUGGGGGUUAUAAGCUUACCCCUGGUGGCCCAGGGCCAGCGUCACCGGCCCGCCCUGCUGCUGCGGAGCAGGCACACUGGCAGUGCGGGGACAGCAUGCUGGCUAGGGGGCUCCCCCUGCGCUCAGUCCUGGUCAAAGGCUACCAGCCCUUCCUGAAUGCCCCCCGUGGGGGCCCGUGGCAUCCCAGGGGGCCCACUGGCGAGGGCGCUGGCAUCUCCACCCGAAGUCCUCGCCCCUACAAUGAGAUCCCUUCCCCUGGUGACAACGGCUGGCUAAACCUGUAUCGUUUCUGGAGGGAGACAGGUACAAACAAAAUCCACCACCACCACCUCCAGAAUUUCCAGAAGUAUGGCCCCAUCUUCAGGGAGAAGCUUGGCACCGUGGAAUCGGUUUACAUCAUUGACCCCGAAGAUGUGGCUGUUCUCUUUAACUCUGAGGGUCCCAACCCAGAACGCUACCUCAUCCCGCCCUGGGUCACCUAUCAUCAGCAAUACCAGAGACCCCUGGGAGUCCUGUUGAAGAGUUCGGGAGCCUGGAAGACCGACCGGCUGGCCCUGAACCAGGAGAUGAUGGCUCCAGAGACCAGGAAGAACUUUGUGCCCCUGCUGGACGCAGUGUCUCAGGACUUCAUCAGUGUCCUGCGCAGGCGCAUCGAGCGGCAGGGCUCUGAGACGUUCUCGGGGGACAUCAAUGAGGACCUGUUCCGCUUUGCCUUCGAGUCCAUCACCCAUGUCAUAUUUGGGGAGCGCCUGGGAAUGAUGGAGGACAUAGUGGACCCCGAGGCCCAGGAGUUCAUCGAUGCCAUAUACAAGAUGUUCCACACCAGCGUCCCCCUGCUCACCUUACCCCCAGACCUGUUCCGUCUGCUCAAGGCCAAGACCUGGAGGGAUCAUGUGGCUGCGUGGGAUGUGAUUUUCAGUAAAGCUGAAAAAUACACCCAGAACUUCUACCGGGACAUGAGACAGAAAAGAGACUUUGGCGACAAUUACCCUGGCAUCCUCUACAGACUCCUGAGAAACAACAAGCUGCCCUUCGAGGACAUCAAAGCCAACGUUACUGAGUUGCUGGCUGGAGGCGUGGACACGACGUCCAUGACCCUGCAGUGGCACUUGUACGAGAUGGCACACAGCCUCAAGGUGCAGAACAUGCUGCGGGCAGAGGUCCUGGCUGCGCGGCGCCAGGCCCGGGGAGACAUGCUCGCCAUGCUGCAGCUGGUCCCGCUCCUCAAAGCCAGCAUAAAGGAGACACUGAGACUGCACCCCAUCUCUGUGACCCUGCAGAGGUAUCUUGUGAAUGACUUGGUUCUUCACGACUACCUGAUUCCCGCCAAGACGUUGGUGCAGGUGUCCAACUAUGCCCUGGGCCGAGAACCUAAGUUCUUCUCCAACCCGUGGAAUUUUGACCCAACCCGAUGGCUGAACAAAGACAAAAACAUCACCCACUUCCGGAACCUAGGCUUUGGCUGGGGCGUGCGGCAGUGUCUGGGCCGGCGGAUCGCUGAGCUUGAAAUGACUGUUUUCCUUAUCCAUAUGCUGGAGAACUUCAGAGUUGAAACCCAGAGUUUCAGGAAUGUGGACACCACGUUCAACCUCAUCCUGACGCCCGAGAAGCCCAUCGUCUUCACCUUCCGGCCCAUCCAGCAGGACGCAGCCCUGGCGUGAUCAGAGACGGUGGCCGGCGGCGGGCCCCUGGAGUCUCCACAUCUUCAGUCCUCUGUCCCCAGCCCGGCUGCAUCUGCCAGCCGCUGAGCAGGUGGAUUGGGCUCUCAGUGGUUGCCUGCCCCAGCUCACGAAGACAAUAAA